UCCACACCACAUGUAUCUUGCAAAAGACUAAUAAAUUUCUCUCCAUCUUCCUAUACACUAAUUAAACAAUACCCUAUGAUAUCGAGGACUAUAUAACUAUAUAUACACACAUAUGUAAUUAUGUAUGCAUAUAGCCAUAUAUAUUUUGUCAAACACCAAACCCUUUCACAUACUCCCAAUUCGAACACACUUACACACCAACUAGCUAGUGUACGAACGUGAAGCGUAACUAACGCGUAAGUUGAUCGAUCAUAUCGAUGGCGGCGGAAUCGACUGUUAUCAUCGUCGGAGCAGGGCCGUCGGGGUUAGCCACGGCGGCGUGUUUAACCCAACAAUCAAUACCGUACAUCCUACUAGAAAGAGAAGAUUGCUCUGCUUCUUUAUGGAAGAAAAAGGCGUACGAUCGACUUCACCUUCAUUUACCAAAGCAAUAUUGCGAGCUUCCUCACUUUAAAUUACCACCCAACAGCCCCAAAUACGUUUCAAGAGCUGAUUUCGUGGAGUAUUUGGACAACUACGUCGCUCAUUUCGGUAUUUGUCCUUUGUACCGGCGGCGGGUCGAGAGUGCGAGGUUUGAUGAGGGUGCGAAGAAAUGGCGUGUUACGGCUAAGAAAUCAGCGAAUGACGACGGCAACGAUGAUGACGAUGAGGAAGAAGAGGAGUAUGAGGGGAAGUAUUUGGUGGUGGCAAGUGGUGAAACAUGUGACCCGUUUUGUCCAGAAAUACAAGGGUUGAGUAGCUUUCAAGGGAAAGUUGUCCAUUCUACACAAUACAAGUCUGGAAAAGAGUAUCAAGACAAAACUGUGUUGGUGAUUGGUGCUGGAAAUUCUGGCAUUGAGAUUGGUCUUGAUCUUGCUAAUCAUGGUGCUCAUACUUCCAUUGUUGUUAGAAGUCCGGUUCAUAUAUUAUCGAGAGGAAUGGUGAGUAUGGGACUGUUUCUUCUAAAGCAUUUGCCAUUUAAAUGGGUGGACAACUUAAUGGUGAUGCUCAGCAAAUUUGUGUAUGGCGACGUCACUAAAUACGGAUUGAGUAGGCCUAAAGAAGGUCCCUUCUUUUUGAAAGUUGCGUUUGGUAAAUACCCUAUCAUUGAUGUUGGUACCUUUCAGAAGAUUCAAUCGGGUCAAAUCCAGAUCUUGCCGGCAAUAACAAGCAUAAGAGGCAAUAACGUGGUGUUUGAGGAUGGCAAGUCGUAUUCUUUCGACUCUAUUAUUUUCGCCACUGGCUUUCGAAGGUCCACGUCGCACUGGCUUCAGGGAGACGACUAUUUGUUAAAUGAAGAUGGAUUGGCAAAACCUAGUUACCCUAACAAUUGGAAGGGUAAAAAUGGAUUGUAUUGUGCUGGUCUUGCAAGAAGGGGACUCUAUGGAGCUGCUAUGGAUGCUCAAAAUAUCUCUCAUGACAUUAAAACAUACAUUGAAAAUUGAGAUAAUUUAGGGUGUGAGAUCCCUUUCAUAGUACUAACGAUUGUAAACCAUUUAUUUCUUGUACGAGAUUUUCCUCUCUUUAGAAAAAAAAGAAAAAAACGAAUGGAAACCACGUCCCCUUGGCAUUUUUUGUGCAUAUCACGUAGUAUGUGUGAUUAUGCAUUAAUGCUAUAUUGCUAUACUUUUUGUUCGAUUAAUGUUAGAUUCUAUUUUGUUGUAAUUAGAAAGGUUGGAUAUUUUUGAAAAUAAAACAAGGCUCAUGUUUGCAUGCU